AUGGCUCAACGUCUUCAUUUCUCCUCUUCCUCGCGUCCGUCGCCGUCUCUUCCGACUCCGAAUUCGGUCGCUGCUUCUGCCAAGUCCAAUCGACUAACGUUCAAUUUCAACUUCCUCCCUCAUCCCACCACUCCCACUCGUCUCUGCUUCGGCACCACCAACCGCCGCCGCCUCACCGUCAGGCCUCUGGCGGCGGCGGCCCUCCCCACAGUUGCUUCCGACGAGAGCGUCGGUGUUCCGGGGAAGAAGCCGUUGCUCGAAGUCAGAGAUUUGAAGGCCGUGAUUGCCGAAACGGGACAGGAGAUUCUCAAGGGCGUCAACCUAGUCGUGAAUGAAGGAGAGGUCCAUGCUAUAAUGGGGAAAAAUGGCUCUGGGAAAAGCACAUUCUCAAAGGUUCUUGUUGGCCAUCCACAUUAUGAAGUUACUGGAGGUAGCGUUGUCUUUAAAGGUAAGAACUUGCUUGACAUGGAGCCGGAGGAUAGGUCCCUUGCAGGGCUUUUUAUGAGCUUUCAGUCCCCAGUAGAAAUCCCUGGUGUCAGCAAUAGCGACUUCCUAAAUAUGGCUUACAAUGCUCGAAGAAGAAAACUAGGUCUUCCCGAGCUUGGACCAAUUGAGUUCUAUGCGUACCUGUUUCCCAAGCUUGAGCUUGUGAACAUGAAGAGUGAUUUUCUAAAUAGAAAUGUUAACGAAGGGUUCAGCGGUGGUGAAAGGAAAAGGAACGAGAUUCUACAGCUCGCGGUUCUGGAAGCAGAUUUGUCCGUCUUAGAUGAGAUUGAUUCUGGUCUGGAUGUCGAUGCUCUCCAAGAUGUUGCGAAAGCAGUAAAUGGACUCUUGACGCCUAAGAAGUCUGUUUUGAUGGUUACACAUUAUCGACGGCUUUUGGAAUUCAUCCAGCCUUCCUUCGUCCAUAUCAUGGAGGAUGGAAGAAUUAUAAGGACUGGGGAUAUGAACACAGUAAGUCUUCUUGAGAAGGAAGGUUAUAAAGCAAUGUCUACAUCCUGA